AUGGCCUCUAAAAUUAUUGCCAUUAUACUCGCCGUCAACAUUGUUUUCUUCACAAUGGCUAACGCUGUUGUUUGUCCCGAUGACGAAAUUCUGAUUCCCGCAUGUGCUUAUCUGUUGCUUUUGGCAAAUGUCGAGAUGAGUAUAGAACUAUCACCGUCUCCCAAACCAUGUUGCGACGCUAUUGCCGGUCUCACAAACGCAAUUGCAGGCGCUUGCCUUUGUGACGCGAAUUUGGAUAAUUCCCUCCACCUUGCUAACGUUUCCGUGGCAGUCACCGCGGCACUGAAAAAAUGUGGCCAUCAAUCGGAUAUUAAAUGCUCCAACUGA